AUUAGGGCAUUUGAUCAGAGACCAAUCCAGGAAGGUGGCCAGGUCAGUUCUAUCAGGCAAGAUGGCUGGCCGGAUGGGCUUUCACCUGGCUGUGACCUGCUUUGCUGUCAUGUCUAUGGAGAGAGGAAGCUUUGGAGAAGAGACCGAAGCCAGCUGCUGUGCACAGCUGAAGGGCUUAUUGCAGUGUGGAACGGACAAGGUCUUUUUCCAAGGUCAGGCAGGCACCCCAGGAAUUCCCGGCAUCCCAGGAACAAAUGGGUUACCCGGGAUGAAGGGAGACCCCGGCCCCCAGGGCCCCCCAGGUGAGAGAAGCUCUGCUGGGGCACCUGGGAAAGCUGGACCCAAGGGAGAGAAAGGAGAGCAAGGAGAGGCAUGCACAAUUGCCAGCUGUCAGCAUCAAGAGACAGGAGCCAAAGACUGCAAAGAGCUUCUGGAGCGUGGUGAAACACUGAGUGGUUGGUAUACAAUCUACCCUGCCACGGGGAAAACAAUGAGUGUCUUCUGUGAUAUGGAGACUGAUGGAGGAGGCUGGCUGGUUUUCCAGAGGAGACAGGAUGGAUCAGUGGAUUUCUACCGUGACUGGAAAUCUUACAAAAAUGGGUUUGGAAACCAAGCAUCAGAAUUUUGGUUGGGAAAUGAUAACAUCCAUCUUCUCACAAAUUCAGGAACACAGCAGCUGCGGAUUGAUGUGAAGGACUUCAAUAACACUAGAACUUAUGCAACAUACAGUAGUUUCAAAAUCUCAAGCGAGAAAGAAAACUAUACACUUUCCGUGGCCUCUUAUAUGGAUGGCAAUAUGGGUGAUUCAUUUUCAGGACACAGGGGCUUUGCAUUCUCCACACGAGACAAGGACAAUGAUAUACAUGAAACAGCAAGCUGUGCUGUGAUGUUUAAAGGAGGCUGGUGGUAUAGUAAAUGCCACUCUUCCAACCUGAAUGGCCUGUACCACAGAGGGGAACACACCUCUUAUGCUGAUGGCAUCAACUGGGCUGCUGGAAAGGGACACCACUAUUCUUAUCAAUAUGUAGACAUGAAAAUUCGACCACAGUAAUUAAAAUAUAUCUCUCUUCAAACUAUUUUAUAGACAUGGUCCUUAAAUUUACUGGUAAAUUUUGUAUUUAAGUGUGGGCCUAACAAAGCAAAUGUUGAAUCCUGCCACUUGAAUUAUUGGGUGCAAAGUCUUUAACAUCCCCAUACAGUGAGAAUACAGGUGAGCGAUCUCUUCUUAACUUGUACAUGGAAUCUCUAUGCAAGACAAAGGUACAACUGAAAUUUGAUUGAAAAAGGGUGACUUGAUGGUGAUGUUAACUCAGUUGUACCUUGUGUUGGGUUUCAUUUUGUCCAGCUUGAGACGCUGCCUGCAUUGAAAACUAUUCGGGUUGGCCACUUGUUUAGAACACAUACAAACACACUUAUCAAUACUGAAGUGGUCUUGGGCACAAGAAUUAUGCCAAAUUGGUGCAACUGCUUUUUAAAAAAACAACACAAUUUCUAUUUUUCAAAAACCUCAUUCCUUCAGUUAUGGCAGGAAGAGCAAGGCUAUGAAUGUGUCUAAACCUUAAAUUAAGGAAACAUUAUGAAAGCAUACAAAGAGAAAAUUGAACUGGAAAUAAAGUUUGUAUAUAUGCACAAUUGUAUUUGAAGUCAUUUUGAUAUUAUUUUGUCAAUUUUGGAUUGGAGCCAUGGGGAAAGAUGUGUUAUGCAUCAAAUGAGAUCAGGAUGGCCUGGCAGUAAACUAUUUCUGGAUCUUUUAACUUGUUUCAAUUUGUCUUUUUAAUUCCUUAAUAGUUUAAUAUUCUGUAGUCUUUUAAAACUAUUUUUUAAUUUAAAGUGUUGAAAAAUUGUUGAAUUGUUUUUAAUGUACAUUUCUUUGAUAUUUCUAGGUAGAGGACAAGAAAUGAAAUUUAAAAUUUUAAAUUAAUAAAUGCUAUCUGAAGUAACUA